CUUCUGCAGUUAACGCGCAUGCGUACGGCUACUACUGUUUUAUGUUGAGGUUGUAUUUUGAGGUAUUUUACGGAGGAUAACAAAACAAGACGAUGGCAGAAGAAGAAGAGUCGAGUCAGAAUAAGGGGUUCAAGUUGUUGUGGAUCCUGGAUGUCAAGAAGGUUCCAUGUUCCAGAGAAGCCAUCCUGCACGGAGCUGGAGGCUCCGUAGUUGCUGGAAUGCUUUAUUUUAUGGCCACCAGUCGAGUGAAGAGGUCUUGUGAUGUAGGUCUUGCUGGUUUCAUGGUCACCACUCUGGGCUCCUGGUUUUACUGCAGGAUAAACAACGCUAAGCUCCGUUUGCAGCAGAGGGUUAUACAGGAGGGCAUGAAGAACAUGAUUUUGUAUGAAGGAACUGAUUUAGAUCCCACAAGGAAAAAGAAAUCAGACACCCCCCCAGGCCCCUCAUGAUGUCCUAUAGUGGAC